AUGGAGCUCCCCUACACGACCGUCGACGUCUUCACCGACACGCCCUUCGAGGGCAACCCGCUGGCCAUCGUCACGAUCCCGGCCUCAGUGACCCUGACGCAGACGCAGAAGCAGGCCAUCGCUCGGGAGUUCAACUACUCCGAGACCACCUUCGUCCACGAGACCGACGACGCCUCCUCCACCACGCGCCGCUUCGACAUCUUCACCCCCGAGGACGAGCUGCCCUUCGCCGGCCACCCCACCGUCGGCACUGCCGUCUUCCUGCAGCCCCGCGGCGUCACCGAGCUCCGCGCCAAAGCCGGCCCCAUCGCGCUCGAGAAGACCGGCCCCGACUCCGUCCGCGCCGCCAUCCCCCAUAACGUCCGCCUGCACCAGAACCGCCUGCAGAGCCUCGGCCCCGGCCCCUUCAGCGAUGCCACGGGUGACAUCGCCGCCGCCGAGGAAAACGCCCCCAUCUUCAGUAUCGUGAAUGGCAUGACCUUUGCCCUCACCGAGCUGCCCUCCCUCGAGGCCUUGGGGUCUGCCAAACACGGCCCCAUCGACUUCCGCCAGAACGAGCUGCUGGACGAGGGCUGGCGCGACACCUUCAUCUCGCCCUACUACUUUGUCCGCCUCGGCACUGAAACUGUCGACGGCCGAGAGGUGCACAAGAUCCGCACCCGCCUCAUCACGCCUACCCUCGAGGACCCCGCCACGGGAAGCGCCGCCUGCGCCCUGUCCAGCUACCUCAGCAUCCAUGUUUUGAAAGGGGAGUCGCUCAGCUUCGAAAUCACCCAGGGCGUAGAGAUGGGUCGCCGGAGUAACAUCUAUGUUGAUUCCACCGUCACCACCGCCGCCGACGGCACCCGCAAACUGGAGACUCUGCAUCUAGGCGGCAAGGCGACGAAGGUCAUGAGCGGCGUCAUCACGCUCAGGCAAUAA